AUGCCGCCUCUUCCUCCUCCUCCUCCUCCUGCUCCUCCUCCUCCUCCCGGGAGCCCUCCUUGCUCACCGUCCGGUCCGCUGUGCGUUUCAGGCGGAGGGUCCGCGGCCUGCCGGGACUCGCACCCCAGCCCUCGGGAGCCGAUGCCUGUGUUUCAGGGAGAUGGCAGGGAGCUGUCCCAAGAGGAGAAACUGCAGUUGCGCAAGGAGAAGAAGCAGCAGAAGAAGAAGCGGAAGGAGGAGAAGGGGACAGACCCCGGAGCCGGCCCCGUCGGACCCCCUGCCCGGCAACAAGACCCACCCCCGGCCGCGGGGUCGACGGGGCCGAUGACGGAGAGGACGCCUGGCGGGAAGAGUAAGGCAGAGCUGCGGGCCGAGCGUCGGGCCAAGCAAGAAGCGGAGCGGGCCGUGAAGCAGAGCCGGAAAGGGGAGCCGGGAGCGGCUCCGGCUCAACCCCGGACCCCUACGACUGGAGAGACCCCCUCAGGAGUGAAGCGUCCCCCUGAGCAUAUCCAAGUGGACGACCCCAUGGUCCUAAGGAGACUCGCCAAAAAACUGGAGCGACAGCAGGUUCCUCUGCGCAAGGAUUACGGCUCCAAAGUCAGUCUCUUCUCCCACCUUCAUCAGUACAGCCGCCGCCACCCGCUCACCCAGUACAUGAGCAUCCCGUCCUCCGUGAUCCACCCGGCCGUGGUGCGGCUCGGCCUCCAGUAUUCCCAGGGCCUCAUCAGCGGCUCCAACGCCCGCUGCAUGGCCCUCCUGCGCGCCUUCCAGCAGGUGAUCCAGGACUACACCACUCCCCCCAAUGAGGAGCUGUCACGGGAUCUGGUGAACAAGCUCAAACCUUACAUCAGCUUCCUGACUCAGUGCCGACCACUCUCAGCCAGCAUGGGCAACGCCAUCAAGUUCCUCAAGAAGGAGAUUGCCGGGGUGAAGAGCUCCCAACGGGAAGAGGAGGCCAAGCAGGAGCUUCGAGCUGCCGUGGACCGGUACGUGCAGGAGAAAAUCAAGCUGGCGGCCGAGGCCAUCUCUCGCUCGGCCUACGACAAGAUCAGCGACGGGGACGUGAUCCUGGUGUACGGAUGCUCAUCCCUGGUGUCCCGGACGUUGCGGGACGCCUGGACGCGUGGCCGCCGGUUCCGAGUGGUGGUGGUGGACAGCCGGCCGCGGCUGGACGGGCGGCACACGCUGCGCUGCCUGGUCCGGGCGGGGGUCCCCGCCUCCUACCUGCUGAUCCCCGCUGCGUCCUACGUGUUACCGGAGGUGUCUAAGGUGCUGCUGGGGGCCCACGCGCUUCUGGCCAACGGGUCGGUGAUGUCACGGGUCGGAACCGCCCAGCUGGCCCUGGUGGCCCGCGCCUUUAACGUGCCCGUGUUGGUGUGCUGCGAGACCUACAAAUUCUGCGAGCGGGUGCAGACCGACGCCUUUGUCUCCAACGAGCUCGACGACCCCGAUGACCUGCUGUGCGGCCGGGGGGGCCGCGUGGCUCUGGGCCACUGGCAGGACUACCCUUCGCUCCGCCUGCUGAACCUGGUGUACGACGUGACGCCCCCCGAGCUGGUGGAUCUGGUGAUCACGGAGCUGGGUAUGAUCCCCUGCAGCUCGGUGCCCGUGGUGCUGCGCGUCAAGAGCAGCGACCAGGGGAGCCAGGGGCAAUAAACGGCGGCCUUCCUCCGCCUGGCAGAUCCGCA